CACAAACUCUGUGGCAGUGGCGCAGGAUCUGCCGCCCCGGCCGGCCCCGCGGGGGUCGGCGUGGCGUGGCGACUGCUGCCGUGUCGAGCUCCGAUGGCGCGGCGCCCGCUCUGUGCUAUGUCGCACUUUAAAGACUGGUACCUUAAAAUGGCAAUGGUAAACAACUCUAGCCCGAUCAAUCUGGAUAUCUAACGAGGAGGGGAAGAAGAACUGUUCGUGUAAACUGAAUGAUCGAGACCUCGACCAGAGACACAAAUUUGGUAGGCGCGGCCGUGACUGAUAUUACCGGUUGUUACUAGCGCUAGCGGGAAUCCUUGAUAAGCCACAGCAGCAGAGUCAGAGAUUCAGUCCCAAAUGCGUCAUUUUGUGUUAAUUUUCAAUCUGGAAUAAAAUGUAGGCAGAUAUGAUGCGUUUCCCCAAGAAAGCAUUUGUUAAGCUGCUUCCCAUUCUUGUUGGGGCUUCAGUAGGCGCUAUUGUGUAUAUUGCCCAGAAUAAAUCUGAUGAACCGUACAAGAGAGACAGAUUUUCUGGUGAUGAUUUAGCUGAAUCUCAUUUAGCUGACUUAGAACAUGAUGUUUCAUUCUUGGGAAAGGAGCAUCAAUUGGAUCAUCUCUUCAAUGAUUUUAAGGAGCAGAGGUCAAGAUUACAAAAUCUUCACCCUUACAUAACCAUUGCUCCUAAUAACACUGAGCUGUCUUUCAGGAUGAAUCCAAAAUUUAAAUUUUCUUCAUGUCCAUAUUCUCUGCAAGGCAAACUCCAAGAGUCCCAAUGGGCUUCCCAGUAUUAUCACCCAACCAUACAGAUGACCAUGACAGAUGACAAUAUUAACCAGGAAGAAUAUGAACGCAUGAAAACAUAUCAUAUGCCGUUUGGAUUCCAUUAUAAAAAUGAGCUCACGUUUGAUGAGCUCUCAAAAACUUUGAAACAAUUUUCUAAUGAGGAAUCUAUAUUAGGAUUUGGGAGUAAUGAAAGACCUCGAUGUGUGAGCUGUGCAAUCGUAGGAAAUGGAGGAAUGCUGAACGGAUCUGGCAUGGGAAAGGAAAUUGAUAACCAUGACAUGAUUUUCAGAGUGAAUCACUGCAUCAGGAGAGGCUAUGAACAUGAUGUUGGUACCCGGACAACUCACUAUGUAUUCAUGGACAGAUCCCUCAUUCACACACAACAGGCUGAUAUACCUAAAGACAAGGGUAUCAAGUGGAUCUUCCUGCCUUGUAGAAUAAAUGAUUAUCAUUACAUCUCAGAAGUUGCCAAAGGAACCAAUCCUAAACAGAAGCUGAAAGCUAAUGCUGCAGACAUCAGGCUCCUGCAUCCAGAUUUUGUCAGAUAUAUUCACAAAAUAUGGAUGCGGACCAAGUCUUUCCGUCCAAGUACCGGUGCCAUGAUGUUCAUGACUGCUCUCCACAGUGGAUGUGAUUCUCUUAGUGUGUAUGGUAUGGGAUUCAAUGUGAAGUACACAGAACACUACUAUGAUAAAACAUUCAGUGUCUACAAGAAUGUCAAAGGAAGCCAUGAUUUUGCCAGAGAGAUCGAGAUUAUGAAGGAAUUGGACAAAGCUGGUGUUAUUAAAUGGUACAAGAGAGAUGUACCUGAAUUCCUCUCAUAGCAAACUGUUGCUAUGAUACAGGUCACAUGCUAAUUAUAUGCCUUUUUAGUCUUUUCAAUUUGAAUAUUUAUGAUCUGUCACACUGAAAUCCAAUUCAUGAUGAAAUACAGGUAUU